GACGCUUCUCGUUGGAUUCAGCAGUCAGUCGAUAGGGUUGGCACUCCCGCAACUACAGAGGACUGCUCAAUCAUGAUCCCAACACAAGAAAUGGAUAACAGCUCGGAUUUUUACAACAUGUACGGGGCAUAUUUUGCCCCUUUAAGAUCAAGUGAAGAGGUCCACAUGCUGGGCGAAGGCCUGACCGGUGAGGACCUGGCAAUGAUUCACGAGCACUGGUUCAAGUACCAAGCACCGCCUGCAGCCGCUCAUACCGCAUUGGCGCUUCUCUACUGCUUCUUCACAGCAGCAGCUCUUAUUGGCAACGGCAUGGUCAUCUUCAUUUUUUCUACGACGAAAUCGCUACGAACACCAAGCAACCUUCUAAUAUUACAAUUAGCAGUCUUCGAUUUUAUCAUGAUGGCCAAAGCGCCUAUUUUUAUUUACAACAGCGCUAUGAGAGGCUUCGCCGCCGGAGCACUAGCUUGUCAAUUAUUUGCUCUGGUUGGCUCCUACAGUGGGAUUGGACAAGCGUGGACGAAUGCAUGCAUAGCGUAUGACAGACAUUCAACAAUUACAAGACCGUUAGAUGGGAGGCUAUCCCAAGGUAAAGUGAUCCUGAUGAUGUUGUUUGUCUGGAUCAUCGCAACGCCAUGGUCUCUGAUGCCAUUGUUCAGGGUGUGGGGCAGAUUCGUACCAGAGGGUUUCCUUACGUCUUGUUCGUUUGAUUAUCUAACGAACACGUUUGACAAUCAACUAUUCGUGGGAUGCAUUUUCUUCUGUAGCUACGCGCUGCCAAUGGCGUUUAUAUUGUACUUCUAUAGCGGCAUUGUCUCGCAGGUGUUCGCCCACGAAGCAGCAUUGAGGGAACAAGCAAAGAAAAUGAACGUAGAAUCAUUGCGUUCCAACCAGAAUGCUGCCGCCGAAUCUGCAGAGAUCAGAAUAGCCAAGGCUGCUUUGACCGUCUGCUUCCUGUUUAUUGCUUCGUGGACUCCAUACGGCGUCAUGUCACUCAUUGGUGCUUAUGGCGAUCAGGAGUUACUUACCCCAGGGGUAACGAUGAUUCCUGCCAUCGCCUGCAAGAUGGUUGCGUGCAUAGACCCCUGGGUUUACGCCAUAAGUCAUCCAAAAUACAGGCAAGAGCUGCAAAAGAGGAUGCCAUGGCUACAAAUUGACGAACCAAGCGACAAUGCAUCUACCAACACCAAUAACACGACAAACAGCGCCGCCACAGCUUAAAAGAUUCAAUGACAAAGACAAUAGAUAAUCAAUGACAACUAAUGAAUAUCGUUACGUAGUAUAGAGAUUACUUAUUUUAUAAUAAUUAAUGGAAGUUAAGAUUUUUUACGUUAAGCUCAAAAUGAGUUUUACAUGUAAGAACUGAUUCUUCUUUAUAUGACGACAAACGGCUGAAUUCAAGGACACGAUAUAAUUAUUUCAAAUAUAUUAUAAUCAAUGAUGAAGCAAAAUAAAUGUGACGAACAUUGAA